AUGACUGAUACCCAGAAAACAGAAGAGUGGGAAGGCCCGCCUCUAGAUCAGGAAGAAGAAGAAGGCAGUCAAGGCAACCCACAACCAGAAUCAACAUCUCCGGCUAAGGAAGAGGACAGCGCUUCAACCAUUCAGAAUCGAGAUUCUGGCGGCGGUGAAGGAGAGCCGACGUCUCAAGCUCCAGACCCAGGAGAAAACAAAGAGAAUAUCAGAGAAAAUAGUGGCGAAGAGGAACAGCAGUCAAGUGAAAAGGAUCCUGCUAAAGGCGCAAAGGGUCAAUCGGAAAAUAGUGCCGUCCCCCGCGAUCGAAGUCGGUCGAGGCCUACCAGACGUCUAAGUACCAAGCCGUCCAAAAUGGGCAACGACCAAAAGGAUGAUGGGAAUGCCAGUACAACGGCAGUAUCGAGUCCUGAUAAAUCCCAAUCCUUCCCACCUGUAUACGAGGACAAAGAGGCUGCCCAUAAAGGACAACUUGUGAAGCGCAAUCGUCGCCGCAAUAAAAAGUCCGGCUACGAGUCGUCUGCUACGGAAGAUAUGCCUCUAAGGGAACGACAGUACCCCCCUCAACAGCAAAUGCAACAACAGCCAGAACCGGGGAAGAAAAGCGAUCCAAUCAGGCUUCGGUUGGACAUAAACCUUGAAGUCGAAGUGGAGCUUAAGGCUAGGAUUCAUGGCGACCUCACAUUAUCUCUUUUGUAA